CGAUUCCUUGGUGGUUCUGUGAAGCGGAAAGAACGAGUCACUCCUCGACCGUUGCUCAUUGGUGACUGUAUACGAGGCGCGCUCUCGUGGCUUGUCGAUGUGCAUGAUCACUCGACCAAUCAACGAGUUACGUGUGUGCUCGGCGUUUCGGCCGAAACCAUUGUGUUGCUUGAGAAACCGUCUGGUGCGGUCAUCUUUGCAACACCAACACAUUCACUUAUUGGUUGGGCUAAUACUGAUAUGGGGUUAGCACCGUUAACAUAUACAAACAUCUUCAUGUGA